GCGUCCGUCCCACCACAAUGUCUGAACGCCCGCCACCAGGCAAAUGCUACCCACUGCCGCUGGGGAGCCGAAGUUAGUGUGGCGUUCAAAACUUUAGCUAUGGAGCAGCUUCUCCCGACCCCAAUUCAAUUUUAGACCACUGCUGACUUGAAGCGAAGGGACCCGACGGCGUCAUCAAUGGCUUCCCGUGGCUAUGCGCAAGCAGCCUUGGUUCUUCUGGCCGUGCAGCUCUUUUGCCUCGGUACCGCCGAUGCAGAUCAGGAGACGGGGACCGUUAUCCCAGCCGAAAGUCGCCCGUGUGUGGACUGUCAUGCCUUUGAGUUCAUGCAGAGAGCGCUUCAGGAUCUAAAGAAGACAGCUUUCAACCUGGAUGCCAGGACAGAGACGUUGGUCCUGCGGGCUGAGAGGCGGGCCCUGUGCGACUGUAUGCCCGUCAGCUCUCUGCGCUGAGCCGCACCCCAUCUGAGGACGCCUCCACCAAAAAAAAAAAAAAUCAAGCCCCGUUCCAAACUUCUACUCAUGUAUAGCAGUUCUCACACGAACCCGUCCACACAAGAGGCACUUUAUUUCUAUCAGUCUCACCUGAUUCCCUCUGAGUACAUCUGUAAUUCAUUUAUUUAUUCCUGGCCUUAUGUAGGAGAAUGUUUGUGACUUGCAUUUCUGUGGAAAUCAUUUAGUUUUCGUUCUGGUACUUUGACUAUAUAAUGUAGAUACAAUAGGACGUGUGCAAACAGAUUGUGUUGUAUAGAAUUGUUGUUUACAAACAUUGAAUUGUAGCAUCGCCAGACGAAAACAGCGGUUUGAAUUUGUUGUGUAUAGAGCUGUAAUUGUCCUCAUGCAGAUGAGAAGAACUGCAGGAACAGUUGGUGAGAUGAUAAAGUAACUGUCUUAGUUAUGGAUGUGAAGAUUGUUUUUCUUUGUUUUAGGCAGAGUGAGGAUCACUUCUUGAAUUAUUAAGCACUGUAGCAUGAAGUUUUUGCACUUUGAGUUCACUUGUUUCUAUAGAUUGUAUGUAAAGAUUCUUUAUGUAUUGUGGUACAAAUCCCAGGGUAAAGUGUGCAGACAUUCUGCUCAUCAGAUGUGUUUAUGUGUGAAGUGAGAUAACAUGGACGGUACCGGUCAGCACAGUAGGAAUGUCUCUUGUCUAACUGUUGCCUGUUCAUGAAAUAAUUUGUUAUUAAUAUGUCACUAAAUCCCCAUAAACAGUCUUCAUCUUGCACCUAUUAAUAAAAGCAAUGAAGGAUGGUU